UUUGCGAGAAACGUUUUGUAUUGCCGGUCGCCGAUAACCUGCGUGCUAUAUAUUAUACAAACAUGUUUUAUACAAACAGUAAGACGCUUUUAUAGAACUAGUCAGUUAGCCAUCAAAUGUUGCUUGCGAUAGAUCUGCAAGGCGAAGAUGUAUUCUGGCAUGAUGCAAAACAGAACCUGUAAUCGAAUCUAACCACUGGCGCGUAGAAAACCCUUUGCGCGUUUAAGUUCCGAAAGGUCUCCUAAAGGAUACUUCAAAGCUCUACGGCGUUUGGAAUUUUCUGACUACCUGAGGCAGCUAAGGCGGCUUCUACAGAGAGUUGGCUACGAUGCUGAGCUGAAAUAGUGGGCAUUCAUUUCUUGGUCGCAAAAAGCGACGAAAACACUCAGGCCCUAGACAAGAGCCAGCUCCACGUGGCAGGAUCAACGUGCCCUCUUAGCACUCGAAGUUUCUCGUUGUUAUCGCGUGCCAAGUAAAAAGGUCUGGCACAGCCGCUAGUGUCGUGUUUAUUCAAUCUUCGCGUAUGAGUAAUUUCGGCUAGAUCGUUUGCAUGACUGCAGGCAGUGAAAUAUACUACAAAAGCAAAUACACCGAGACAGUGCGGGACGACACCGUAGUCUGCUCAAGUCGAGCUAAAAAGGGCAUAUAUUUGGCGUGCGUUGCGAAACGAGGCAGUUGAAGCCUCAUCUCUACUUGGCGGAGAUUUCAGUUGUACAUACAUACCGCCAUUCGUCAUGAAAGAGGCUGGUGCGUACGUCAUUCUGUGCUGUUUUGUGGCUGGCUCAUGCGAAGCUGUUACCUUAACACCAGAAUCUGAAGAUCUUUUCGGUGGCCAAGGGACGUUUGCGCAACCUGCAUGGCCACUUAGGUGGCCUUUCCAAUGGAUACCGUGCCGCAUUGCCUUGAUACACCCUGAUUCUACAGAUUGCCGUUCAAACAGGCCCAAGGAGGUGUCGGAUAAACACCAACGCGAUGAUUCUGAACAAAGUUUGUCAGAUUCACGUUCUGAGAAAAUACGACCAAUCACCACAACUGCCGUUCCCGAAGGAAUUUUACGCCUUGAAAGUGGCCCGAAGCAGAGUUCUAUCACCCCUGAUGGAAUCCCGAGCCAUGACGAUGCGUGGAAGCCCAGUUCCACUACUCCCGGAGAAACCUUAGACCGUGAAGACGGUGCGAUGGUCGGUUCCACGACUGCCGAAGAAAUUUUAGCUCGUGAAAACGAUUUGAAGCUUAAUUCCGAUAUUCCCGUAGGAAUCCUAGGCCAUGAAGAUGGCCCAAAACUGAGUUCCACAACAUCCGAAAGCAUCGGAGGCCGAGAAAAUGUCUCGAAGCCCAGUUUUAGCACUCCCGAAGAAAUCCUAGGGCAUGAAGACGGUCCGAAACCAUGUACUAUAAACCACAGUAAAAUCGUAGGCCAUGAAGAUAGUGCAGAAACUAGUUCCACUACCCCCGGAGGAAUCGUAUGCCUUGAAGACAACUCAAAGCUUAGUUCCGUUUCUCCUGAAGGAACCGUAAGCUAUGAACUUGGCCCGAAGUUCAGUUCCGUUACUCCCAGCGGCAUUCAAAAUUAUGAAGAUGCUUUGAAACCUAGUUCUACAACUUUCGAACGAAUCGUUGGCGCUGCAGAUGGUUCGAGGCUUAAUUCUACCACAUUCAGAAGGAUUCUAAGCGGCAAAGAUAGUCCCCUGCCAAAGUUGACCAGCGCCGGAGAAAUCAUGGGUCGUGAACACGGAUUGAAGCCGAGUUUCAUCACUCUCGGUAGAAUUCUCAGCACCGAAGAUGGUACGAAGCGUAGUUCCAUUACUCCCGGAAGAGUAGUAGAUCGAGAAGGUGAUCCGAAGCCCAGCUCCACUGUUCUUUCAGGAGCCCUAAACCUUGAAGACGGGCUGAAGCCGAGUUCUAGCCUUCCCGGAAGAAUCGUAGAUCGAGAAGGUGGUCCAAAGCCCAGCUCCACUGGCCUUGCAAGAACCCUAAACCUUGAAGACGGACCGAAGCCGAACUUUAUCACUCCCGGAGAAAUCAUGGGCCGCGAAGGUGGACCGAAGUCUAGUCUUAUUACCCUCAGAGGAGUCCUGGGCCGUAAAAUAGGUCGAAGCCAAGCUCCGCCACCUUCGAAGGAAUUAUCAACCCUAAAGGCAGUUCCAAGUCAAGUUCCACUAUAUUCGGAGGAACAACAGGUGCUGAAGACGGACCGAAACCCAGCUCCACUAUACCCGGAGAGACCCUAGGCCGUGAAGGUGGUCCGAAG